CUUCACCAAUGAUAUUAGGCAGAGAUAGGAAGCCAAGACUAAUAAGCCUCUUUAAAAGACGUCAUGAAUGUGGGCAAGUUUCAGUAUAUUUAGUGGACCACAGCGGUUUCAAAUCGACAUUGGAAAAGUCCGCAUUGUUGUUGAUCCCUCCCGUCGUGUGAUUUGGGAAAAUUCCGCAUAGAUCGAUCCCUUUCUUCUGUUUUUUUACUCAUUUUUCUACAGCGCUUCAUACCCUCGUUUCUCCCUUUUCUUACAUCAUUUCCUUUUUUCUUUUUCUUCAAAAACUCUUCUAUUCUUCUGUCCAAAAAGUCCAGCGAACAAGCUCUUCAUACUCUUCUUUCGAUGUCCCAUUUGACCUCACCCUCAGAAUGGGUCGCUCCGAUUGUUUCGUUACUAUCCCUAGCGAUCCUGCCUUUGGGCCCUGUCUUGUUUCCUAGAGCUUAUUUGAUCCUGCUCUUUGUCUAUUUCUUUGUAUUCCUGUAUUCCCAAGUCAACCAUUUAUGCAAGUUCUAUUUGACCGCUCGCCGUAUGCGUCGUACGAUCAGCAAAUGGAACGCACGACUUGCAGCAACUUGCUCUUCGGCCUCCGCCUCGUGCGAUGACGAUACCAGCGGUUAUGGUGACCUCAUUGACGAUGCCAAGGCAAGCAGCAGCGGCAGAAUCGAGUCACCAAACUUUACGCGCGGACGCAUUGUGGAUAUCGAAGAAAAGCUGCAGUACUACGAAGAUCCACGGUUCAUGCAUGCCUUCAUUAUUCCCAACUACUGUGAACCCGAAGGCCUUUUACGUGACACGAUUGGCCGUCUUGCGAACCACCGAAACGCACAAACGCAUUAUAUCAUCAUACUUGCAAUGGAACAAUCUGAAGCUGGUUAUGAAGAGAAAGGGCGACGCAUUCAGGAGGCUUUUGCAGGUCAAUUUCUCCAAUUCAUCGUGACAGGCCAUCCUGCGGACAUCCCUGGUGAAUCCCGUGGCAAGGGGUCUAACGUUGCGUAUGCGGCCCGGUACGGUUGUUCAGAGCUGUCAGACCGAAUUGAUCGACGCCGGGUGAUUUUGACCGUGACUGACUCGGAUUCUGCCAUCCCUGAGCUCUAUGUGCGCGAGAUGGAAGAUGCGCUCAACAAGGCAGACAAUCCAUACCACCUCCUUUUGGCCCCACCCAUUUUCUUUUCGCGCAAUUGUUUUGAAGUGCCUGCAGCGGUGCGAGUGACCGACAUCACUUGGUCUGCCAUGGUCAUGGCCAAUUUGGGCAACAGUCGCGGAAUCGCUUUCCCUUGCUCCACAUACAGCCUGAGCAUGGUGCUCGCAGAACGUGUUGGGUAUUGGGACACUGGUGCCGAUGCCGUGGGCGAAGACAUGCACAUGUUUCUGAAAUGCUUCUUCAAAACGGAUGGCCAAGCACGCACAGUACCAAUCCAUGUUCCUAUCAACCUCACGAACGUUCAAACAAGCGGCUAUCUUUCCAACAUCAACGCUCGUUAUAUCCAAGCCAAGCGUCAUUACAACGGCGUUGCCGAUGUCGCCUACACUUUACGAAAUGCAAUGCGAAGCCGCACAAUGUCCUGGUAUGAUAAAAUGCUAGUCUGCCUGAAGGUUUUGGAAGCGCACAUGAUCCCUGUCACUUCAGGUUGGCUCAUGUUUGCGGCCGUGCCAUUGAUGCAAUUUAUCCUGUUUCCGCCCUACCCAUUGUUUGCUAUCGUGAAACCUCUGGAAAACCCCAUCUUGACUUCCGACUUUUAUGCCAAUCUUUGGAAUAUCGUCCGACUUGUCACGGUGUUUUUGCCAUUCCCUUUGUUUGGUACUCUCGCUGUGUAUGAGCACAUGCAUCGUUCUGUCGAUCGUGAACUUUUGCGGAAGGUAGAAUCGAGACGAUGGACCAACUUGUUCGACUAUGCUACCCUGCCCCUGGCUGCCUGGCUGUUUAUGACCCUACCGUCGACGCUGGCGUGCGUCAAGCGCCUGAGGAAAAGGGAAGAACAAUAUAUAGUCGCGGAGAAGUUUUUCAAGGAUGACGGUGUUGCCGCAAGGAUUGAGGCAUUGGCUGUAUAACAACAACACAAGAAUGGGAAAGAAUCCUGACUCUAUAUUUGGGAGGAAAGGAAAAAUAACAGACGAGAGGGAAGGGAUGAGGGACAGGAUCCCUUAUUUUGGUGAUGAACUGCAUUUAUUGAUUUUUUUAUUUAUUUUUGUUCCUAUUAUUAUACACUCUACCUACUUAUUCAUGUUGCAUUUACUCUAUUUUACCAUUUACAACUGCAUAAUAUAUUAUUCACGUUACAAUUCUGAACCUACUCCCAUAGUGCCCAUGUAACAAAUGUUUGUGUGACAAUGCUAACAUAACAAACUAUAUGCAGCCCUUAAAUUGUCUAGUGUCGUUAGCUCAGAAAUCUGCCA